AUGAGUAACCAGCUACAAACAUCGCCCAGGCACAUGGAUGGGAGCACCAUAGAAACGCCGUCGAGAGGAAUGGACGUGUCCCUGUUUCAACGAUCACAGGAUCUAGCUGGAAUUGACACUGGCUCCAACUUGCUAUCUGGGCCCUUUACGACCGAUCAGGCACUUCUGAGCACCUAUGGUCAUCAAGUGUCCGCGGACCCGCUACAGCAAUGGUACACCAGGAAUGAUGGUCCCUGGCACCCAAAAGGUAUAGCCGCCCCCGGAAGCCAGAUAGGUCAAACCCAAGUAAGCAAUGGAUAUGUAUUCUCGGGCCAUUAUCGUGAGAGCAUUUCUCCUUCUGAAUGCGACACUGCCCCUCCUGGGCCCAUGCCCUCAGAUUCAGGUUAUGGUAGCCAUAGACCCAAGCAUAGCAUCGCAACUACUUCCAUCUGUUACGACGAUUCUCUGGACACUCAGGAAAAUACAAGUAUAGUAGGCAACUUCGCAUUCACCAUGGAUCCAAACCAAUGGGUCCAGCCUCAGGGUCAGAGACCAGCAUCUGCCAUGCAACGUUUCACAAACUCGGAGGGAAAGGAAUUGAUUUGCGAAACCUGUCGUAAGGUUAUGAAGACAAACUCGGAGCUCAAAAAGCAUAAACAAAGACAUACCAGACCCCAUGUCUGUGAUUUUCCAGGCUGCACCCGGGCCGAUGGAUUCAGUACAUCUAACGAUCUGGAUCGCCACAAGAGGAGCUGCCACCCUGGCGAGUUUGCCACGGGUACUUUCUAUCGAUGUGAUCUCGGUGCUUGUAGGAACAAGGAAAAGAUCUGGCCCCGAGCUGACAACUUCCGCGCCCAUAUCAGACGAGUUCAUCGUCAUUCAGUUACCGAAGAAGAGAUGGAGAAGCUCAUACAUCGCCCUACACAGGAUAUGUUGUUACCUGAUCUAGUAAGGAUGCAACUUCCAUCGGAGGAAUAUAACUUUCAGUUGAGUUCAGAUGUGCCGAAUCAGUUCUCCGGCUCUUAUUGGCCACAGCGGCCCAAUGUUGGAACAACAUUGUCUAUGGCUGGUGCUUCAAACCUGAGUCAACAUCCACCCGGUCCUCAAGUGAGACAAGAUCAAGGAAUUGCCGGCCAGGGUGACUCUGAUUCUGUGAACAAAAUAGAAGCCUCAAAUCUCCAGAGACAACUUCAGUCUGCUUCAGCGACGCCUUCUUCCGACGAUUUUGCCAUCCCACAGCGGAUAGAAGGACAGCACCAAUUCGUGACCCCAGGAGACCUGAGCCAUCGUGCGGUAAUAUCUCCGAAUUUAAGACUGAAUGCAGAUACAAGCGCAGAGACUCAGUACCGGAAAAUCGGAGUUCCAGAUCCCUCAGAAAGUGGCAGUGACUCUGCUGCAAGUCCCUUCUCCAUCGAUGGGAGUGAGAAAAGUGCCACCUCGGAAUCUCCAGACGUCUCAAUACCGACCGCCGCGGAUUUAUCCUCUCUGGUACUAGACCUCGAGGAUCCCGAGAAACUCAAACAAAUUCUUGAAGCGCUCCAGAGCAAAGGCGUUCUGAAAGAGUUCGGGUACAAGAAGGAAGAAAUACCGUCUACAGAAGAAAAGGAACCAGAGUCCAACGUCCAGCAUCAGGAUAGCCAAAUUCAUUGUCCAUUACAAUCCUGUCCUAAAUCGUUCUCACGACGAUGCGAGCUUAAGUAUGCUAAUACAGAGGUCAGAAAACACUUGAAACGCCACGAGAAGCCGUACGGCUGCACCUAUGAAGGAUGCACCAAGCGAUUCGGUAGUAAAAAUGACUGGAAGCGACAUGAGAAUAGCCAGCACUUCCUUCUAGAGGUCUGGAAAUGUGAUGUAAGAGGAGCUCAAAACCCCACAGAAAUGUGCGGUAAGGUCAGUCAUCGGCGUGAGACAUUCAGACUACAUUUGGUGACCAAUCAUCAACUCAAUGGAGAUGUAAUGGAAAAAAAGCUAGAAGAAUGCCGUGUUGGGCGGAAUUGCGAAGCUAAUUUCUGGUGUGGCUUCUGCGAAGGGGUUAUCAAAAUCAAGAGUAAGGGUGUCGAUGCUUGGACCGAAAGGUACAACCAUAUCGACGACCACCUUGCCGGGCGAAAUGAUCUGUCAAAGAAGCAUAUGAAUGAUUGGAAGAGCGUCGAUCCCGAAUCGACGUCACAUUCCGAGACAUCAUCGGCAACUGAACCAGAACCCACAAACGAUAAUUCAGCAUCGCCAAAAUUUGUGAGCAGGAAGACACUUGCCGCUGACACAAACCCGAAGGAGCUGGGCCGAGUUGGCAGCACCAAGCGCAAGGCCGAUGGAUUGGGGGAUGGUCGUUCUAGCAAGAGAGCUAAAUCCGCGAAUCAUCUGGUAACUAUAAAAUGUAUUCAUGCUAGACUAGUGCUACCCAAGCCGCCUUAUGUCAGCGUUGGCUCUUUCUUAUCGCGAUCGCAGAGAGUUGCCAUGGAAGUGCUGUCAGAGCCUCCCGAUGAGACAAUGAUGGUCAGUUUAGUGGUCGAUCUGCUGUGCCAUAAAUGA